GAGACUGCAAGAAAUAACUAUUUUCUUAAUAUAUUUAUUGUCAAAAUGGCACCAUCAGAUCUAACAUUCACAACCUACACCGCUACCCAAGCCCAAACCUACGCCCAGACCCGCCUCUCCUAUCCACGUAAACUCUACGACACAGUCAUAAACCACCACACAAGCACAGGCGGAAACCUCAAUGUCCUUGCAGAUGUUGGUUGUGGUCCUGGUCGGGCGACUCGCGACCUAGCGGCUUCUUUUAAGGAGUUGGCAAUUGGUUUAGACCCUGGGGUAGAGAUGAUUGAGGCUGCUAGACGGCUAUGUGAAGAGUCGAAUCAUAGAGGUUGUAGGGUUGAAUUUGCCGUUUGUGCGGCUGAGGAUUGCGCGAGAGGAAUCAGAGAUGUCUUGUUUACAUCCAAUGGGGUUGAUGGUGGAGAGGAGGGGAGUGUGGAUUUAUUAACAGCUGCUAUGGCGGCACAUUGGUUCUCCAUGUCUGAGUUCUGGGCACAAGCUGCCCGGGUGGUGAAACCAAAUGGAACGGUGGCCUUAUGGACAUGCUCUUCACUCUACUGUCAUCCAUCAACUCCCAAUGCACCAGCGGUACAGAAAGUCCUUUUCCAUCUGGAACGCGACGUCCUCGCUCCGUACGAGCUACCGUCUAAUCGCAUCUCGCGAGACAUGUAUACGGAUCUUACACUACCAUGGCAAGUCAAUAAAAGCCUUGCAGAAUCAUUCCCAGAAUCAGCCUUCGUGCGCCUCGAAUGGGAUAAAGAUGGCGUCCUCAGCGACGGAAACGAAUUCUUCUCGACUACCCAUGAAGGAAAGAAAGGGGAAACGACAUUGAAUGACCUAGCGGCUAGUCUGGGCACAGCUAGUAUGGUGACGAGAUGGAGGAAGGCGAAUCCUGAUCUUGUGGGAACGGAGAGGGACUGCGUACGGAAGAUGUGUGCUGAGGUUAAGAGGGCUAUCGGUGUGAGUGCUGAUGAGAAUCCGACCUUGAAGGUUGGUACUUCGGUGGUUUUGUUGUUGUUUAAGAGGAAAUGA